GGAUGAUCACGUUCUACUCCACAGCCAUCCAUGCCACGAUCUGGGCGCCGAAAGCUGCGCAAAGUGGCAACGCGGCCUUCCUGCAGAGCACUCGCUUCCUGCUCUUCCGCUUUCGGGUGGACUAUUGGUGGUACGGUACUUUCGUUCUGCCUCGUGGUUGGUUGCUCUCCAUGGCCAUCGUGGUGGCUGCGGACUCCCCGUAUAUGCAGAUGCUGAUGAUCAUCACCAUUAUGCUCAUCUAUCUGGUGGUGCAGCUUAUUACCUGGCCCUGGAAGCUGCCGGCGCUGAACGCCUUCGACGGCACCAUCAGCGCCUGCCUCCUGUUGAUGAUGGCCAUUCUGGGCGCAUUUGCGCCAGCUGUCACCGAGGACUUGCGGCAGGUCCUGACUCAAGCAGCCAUGGGAAUUGUGGGCUUCCUGAACAGCGUGAUCUUCGUGAUGAUGCUCGUCACCGGGGUGGCCGUGGUGAAGAUCCACGCCAUGGGCGGCGCCAGCGAGUCCAGUUGGCUGGCCCUGGGCCAGGUGCCUAACACGCAGUUCCUGGCGGAGAAGGUGGCGAUGCUGGCGGAGGCCUUGGAGGAGCUCGAGGAUGAGGAUAUCAAAGCUGUGCUGGACAAGCUCUCCGUCUACGACUUACGCAUGAUCCAGGGGGUGAUCACCGCCUUCGGCUCCGAGCUGGGCCACUCCGAGCUGCUGCUGGACCGGCGCGUCACCGUGGUCUCGAGGUUUUCCAACCGUUCACUCACGGGAACUCGCAGCUCCACGGUUCUUCGCAGCGGCGGGUACAGUGGAUACAGCCAGGGUCCCGAGGAUGAAGAUCAAGCACCUCAAGACGACUUGGAGAAGGAGGAAGCUUCCCUGAGUCCAGGCACCACAGCAGAGCCGGAAGGUGCUAGUGCGACUUGGGUUUGAGAGCCGCUGACCAUAGCUUUUGCGCAGAAUCGGGCCAGCCGUCUUCCCAAGGGGCGAGAGCAACCUGUCUUGGGGUUGCCGUCCUUUGAAGCCAGGGCUCUCGGCUUGCCCGGUUCGGAUCCAAUCUGGUCUCAAGUCUUGACCGGAGUACCAAAAGGGGACGAACAAGUUGCAAUUGGGUG